AUUCUUAUGAAGAAGCCAAAAAAUGGGUCGAUUCGUGGAUAACCUCAAAGGAUGAGUUGUUCUUUCGACAUGGUAUUCGUAUGCUGCCAGAAAAAUGGGAGCAGAGUUGUAAAAAUAUUAAUUAACUUCUCCUCAAUUUAAUAAUUGAUUUGAGGAAAUAAUUUCUAAUUUAAUUGAUUGACGAUUAAUAUAAGCCCAUUCAAUUAAAAAGAUUUUAAUUGACCAUUUAUUUGAACAAAUCUAGUUAAAAAUUAUUCAAUUAACGAUUGAUUUGAAGGAAUUCAAUCAAUAACCAUUGAAUCAACGAUUAAAACUAACAAAAGUAAUUAAAGAUUGUUCGAUUAACGAUUGAACAUAGUCAAUAUAAUUAAAGGCUAUUUAAUUGACAAUUGGUAUAAGCAAAUUUAAUUGAAAAGCGCAGUAAGACAAUUGACUAAUCUGUCAAUUCAAUGUUUACAUUACUCAUAGCAACUAACCGAGCUGAAUAUAACGUGAUACACAAGAAGUUUAAAAAACUUAGAUCCUUUGUUUCGGUCACAAAAGUAUUUUUUAAACAUUAUAUGAAAGAAAAAAUGUCGACGCAGAACUCCAUUGGACAAACUAAUAAUGAACAAAUCGAUUUGUUAACGGAUAAUUGUGCAGAGGAAACACCAUUAAAUUUACGGAUUGCGUGUAAUAAAACUCCGUAUUUAGACGGUACAUUUUUUGACGUGGGUUUCGGGAAAUCGUCUCAAGAUGGAUCUGCAGUGUAUGCCGCGUGUACUAAUUGCACGCCUAAGCAACUUAUUAAAGGGAGUUUAAAAGUAUCUUCUAAUUACAUAACACAUUUGAAGAGAAAACAUCCUGAUUUAUGCUCCGAAUAUUUAACUUAUAAAAACGAUAAACGAAAGUUGGCGGAAAGAUCAAACGUAAAUCGUAGAGCAACAUGAGCUUUUUCACAAGAACUGUUUGAAAAAAAUGUCACUGCUUAUAUAUUACAGAGCAUGUCACCAUUCAGCACUGUUGAGUUUCCAGCAUUUAGACAAAUAUUUAACAGUUUCAAAAUAAAAUAUGAUGAAGGAACUUUAAAACAUCUUACUCGAUACACUUUAACUAAAAGAAUUGACGCUCUUUAUAACGAGCAUAUAGAAGUCAUAAAAAACCACUUAAAAAAUACCAAACACGUUUGUACUACAACAGAUGUGUGGACUGUGCCCGAUCGUAGAGUUCUCGGCGUUACGACUCACUGGCUCUGUGACAAAAUUUUGGAGAGAAAAUCUGCUGUUAUAGCAUGCAAAACAAUAAAAGGUACUCAUUCAGCUGAAGCUAUUGCUGCCAAAUUAGCCAGAAUAUAUGCAUUUUUUGGAUUGUCUGAAGAAAAAAUAGUAGCUACAGUUACUGACAAUGGGUCUAAUUUUAUAAAAAGAUUCCGAAUGUUUGGCUUAAGCAGUAAUGCCAUUUCAAGAAAUGAAAGCCCAAGUACAAAUUAUCUUGACACAGAAAUGGAAAUAAACGACUUAUCUGAAACGAAUGACAGAAACAUUAUUGAAACAAACGAAAAUAAUGAUGAUGAUGAUGAUGACAACAAUAAUUACGAUCAUGUUCAUGACGAAUCUGUAGUUAGUGAAGAAAUUAACGACGAAAUUAAAAUUAUCUUACCUCGACAUUUAAGAUGUACGAGUCACACACUAAAUCUAAUCGCAUCUAGUGAUGCAAUAAAAAUAAUAAAAGAAGAUUAUAAAUUAAAACGCUUGCACGAAGAAGCAAUCGGAGAAUGCGAAAAACUAUGGAGAAAAUUAAGAUCACCGAAAAAUCGCGAAGCCUUGAAAAAAUAUUUAAAUUGCGCUUUAAAACGUCCUGUUAUUACAAGAUAGUAUUCUUUACAUAAUUAACAAAUCUUAAAUAAUUAAACAGUCUUAAACAAAUAAUCUCAUUACAAGAUAAACUCACCGAUAUUAAUAUACAACAUUAUUUAAAUUUUGAAGUUGAUUACAGGGAGCAUAUUUUUCGUUAUAUAAGGGAUUAAGUAACAUCUAUGGAACCUUUGGCUAUUGCAAUUGAUAAGGCUCAAGCCGAGACUAAUGCUUGCUAUGGUUGCUUAACGCCAUUGCUGGUAAGCAUAAAUAACAAGUGGAUUACAAUGCUUGGAAGCAACACUUCGACAUAUUGUGAAAAGUUGGUGGAAGGAAUGUAGUUACGUUUAUUUGAAAGGUUCAAUGACUUUUUUGAAAUUCGCGGUCAAGAGGAAGCAGCGACACUUGCUGCGAUUACAUAUCCGCGAUUUAAAAAUUGCUGGCUGAAUUGCUUAGAUAACAAGAAGAAAGUCAAAAUAAAACAAUUAAUUAUUACAGCGUUUAGGUCGGAAAAAGUAAAUAACUUGGAAUUAGAAGAAAAUAUAUUGUUAGACGACUUCUAUGAUUUUGGCGAAAAUGUUGCCCAUAUUAAUAGACAAUCACAUCUUUUUUCAUCUGAAGGUGAAGAUACAAUACAAAUAAUGCGCUUUUUGAACAAUACUAAAUUAAGUAUAAAUGUGUUACAUGAAUACCCACAAGUAAAAAAAUUAUUUGUUAAAUAUAACACAUAUUUACCUUCCUCGGCACUAGUAGAGAAGUUAUUCUCGUACGCUACAAUGAUAAAUAUCGCAAAAUUUAACAAAUUGUCAGACCAUUCAUUGGAGAAUAACCGCUGAAAAUAUGAAAAAAAGAUAUUUUUAAGUAUAAAUAAGUUAUAUAAGUCUUAAAGUUAUUUAUAAAUAAGUUAUAAUAUUCUACUUUGCAUGUUACAUUUGUAAAUAUAAUUAA